AUGAUCCUUCCUGCGUGCGCGAUUAUGCCAACUCAGCUUCCCCACCCUCCAAAAUUAUCUUCACCAAUUUCACUUCCAAAUCAAAAUCACUCCAAAUUUUCUACUACUAACUCCAACACCAACCAAAGCCUCUCCCUAAAACACACCGACCCCGUUGUAGCAUGGACAUCUUCCAUAGCUCAGUAUUGCAAAAGUGGUCAUUUGGUUAAAGCUGCCUCCGAGUUUGUGCGAAUGAGAGAAGCUAACAUUGAACCUAAUCAUAUCACUCUCAUCACACUCCUCUCUGUUUGCGCUCAUCAUCCUUCGCACAGUAGUAUUUCCUUUGGAUCUACCGUACAUGCACAUGCAUGCAAAUUGGGCCUGCACAUGAACGAUGUCAUGGUGGGCACUGCGCUAAUUGACAUGUACGCAAAAUGCGGUCUUGUGGAUUUUGCUAGGUUGGCAUUCAAUCAAAUGCUUGUCAGAAAUUUGGUGUCUUGGAACACAAUGAUUGAUGGGUACAUGAGGAAUGGGAAAAUUGAAGAUGCCCUCCAAGUGUUCAAUCAAUUGCCCGUGAAGAAUGCUAUUUCUUGGACUGCCCUAAUUGGUGGGUUUGUGAAGAAAGAUUAUCACGAGGAAGCUCUGGAGUGCUUUCGAGAAAUGCAGAUCGCUGGGGUGGCACCUGACUAUGUGACAAUUAUUGCUGUUCUUUCUGCGUGCGCUAACUUGGGCACACUGGGUCUUGGCUUGUGGGUGCACCGACUUGUGAUGACACAUACUUUCAGAAACAAUGUUAAAGUUUCCAACUCCUUGAUAGACAUGUAUUCUCGAUGUGGAUGCAUAGCGUUAGCUCAUCAGGUGUUUGAUAGAAUGCCCCUCAGAACUUUAGUGUCGUGGAACUCCAUCAUUGUGGGUUUCGCUGUUAAUGGGUUUGCGGAUGAAGCUUUGAACUACUUCAAUUCAAUGCAGGAGGAAGGGUUCAAGCCAGAUGGAGUAAGCUACACAGGUGCUCUAAUGGCUUGUAGUCAUGCUGGACUAAUUAACGAAGGACUCCGAAUCUUUGAAAAUAUGAAGAGAGAUCGUAGAAUUUCACCUAGAAUCGAGCAUUAUGGUUGUCUAGUGGAUCUCUAUAGUAGAGCGGGGAGGUUAGAGGAGGCAUGGAAUGUGUUAAAGAAUAUGCCCAUGAAGCCAAAUGAAGUGGUUUUGGGGUCAUUGCUCGCAGCUUGUAGGACUCAAGGGAACAUUGGGUUGGCAGAAAACGUGAUGAAAUAUCUUAUUGAAUUGGACCCUGGCAAAGAUUCCAAUUAUGUGCUUCUUUCUAAUAUAUAUGCAGCAGUUGGAAAGUGGGAUGGUGCGAACAAGGUUAGAAGGAGAAUGAAGGAGCGUGGCAUACAGAAGAUACCAGGCUUUAGUUCCAUUGAGAUUGACUCCAGCAUUCAUAAAUUUGUUGCUGGUGAUAAAUCUCAUGAGGAGAACGAUCAUAUUUACGCAGCAUUGGAACUUCUGUCUUUUGAGCUGCAAGUAUGUGGCUAUGUUCCAGAUUUCUCUGGAAAAGAAUAUCACGAGGAGGAGUAA